CUGUAAAAUGUGGUUAUCUAACGAAUAUUUGCUUAUGAAUGACGCAUCGCACUUUGUACACGAGAGCUUAGCUCCAGUAUGUUUCAUCAUAUGGCUAGCUAAAUUCCUCGCGACUAUAGUUUUAUAUUCGCAAUGUUUACAUUCGUGUAUUUUACUAGAUACAGAAGCAGUAGACUCAGGAUGCUUCUGUAAAAUGUGGUUCUCGAACGAUUGUUUGCUAAUAAAUGAUGCAUCGCACUUUGUACACUUGCGCUUAGCUCCAGUGUGUUUCAUCAUAUGUAUACGAAAAUGCAUCCCCAAUGUCGUUUUAUAUUCACAAUGUAUGCAUUCAUGAAUCUUGCUAGUUACAGAAGCAAUCAAUUCCGGAUGCUUCUUUAAAAUGUGG